UAAUUAAAUUGCAGUCAAACUCUGGCAAGCUUCAACUAUACCUCAAUGAAAGUGUCAUUUAAUCAAAAUCCGUCAUGUAGCUCAGCCGUAACGAGUACGACUCGUCGAACACGCUUGCUCUUGUUUUUCCGGACAUGCGCACUGAGUUAUGUUGCGUCAUGACGGGAAAGUGGCAGGCCGCCAUUUUCUUUCCUUUUCGCUGUGCCGGUUUUCCCGAACUUGGAUUUAGCGGAGGGUCGUGGGCGUGCUGGAGCCUAUCCCAGCUGACUCUGGACGAGAAGCCGCGAGACCCUAUACUGGUCGCCAGCCAGGGAAAACGACGUGAUGGCAUGGUGGCACACGACUUUGUUCAAAGAUUAGGACGUGAGAUGUUUUUGGGUAAUUCAGGUCUUUCAACAUGCCAUGAUAAACGAGAUGAUUCGGCGACCAUGCCUGUGUCAGUGGAAAUAUCCGAACCGGAAAACGAGAUGGAGGUGCAGUCCACGCCGGCUCCAAAUACUCCGGUUGAAAGCAGGCAGACUGCGAAAUGUGCCAACUGUAAGCGCUGGCAGAAAAGUCUGCGGGAGUUGAAGCAGAAACACCUUGCUAUGCGGAAAGCAAAGAUGAUUGAACUAAGAAACAUUCGUGCAAAGCAGAUGAGUGUUUUGGAGAAAGUCUUGAACCAAAAAGUUCCAAGAAAAAACGAGCAGAUCAAUCAGUUGAAAGGAAAAUUGGAUUCUUCAGAAGUCGGGGAGUAUGUUGGUGGUCUGAAAUCUGAAAUUCUGACACAGAAAAAGCGACACUUUGCCCUGAAGCGUUGGCACAAAUUAAAGAAGAGGGAGAAUGUGGCUUUCGAAGAGGAGUCGGCAGAGCGAAGAGAACAAUGCGAAGAGUACAUCGCUGGAAACUGCAAAGACAAAUAGAAGAGACCAGCAGUGCCACAAAGUCCAAUUCCAACAUGCACAGUGCAGAUAUGCCAAUGAUGGUUUAUGACGGAAUCACAAACCAGGUCCCGACAGCCAACAUCCCAAACCUGAUCGCCACCUUUGCAAAUCGCUUUGGUGUGACUCUCGCUGACAUUCCAAACUGGACAACAGUCAAAGAAAUGAUACGGGAGUUGGAUGCGGUGGCCGCUCUGCAAACAGUGAAACUCAUUCUCUGGUUUGCUAGGCGUAUUGUGCCUUUCUUAAAUCAGGGAUGGAAAAGGUGACCCUGGGGGAUUUGGAACAUUUUUAGCUCACGUUAAAUUGCCAAAGGGGUUAAGUGCAAUCAGCGCCACAUCCUGUUCCAUAUUUGUGUUUUGCUGAUCCUGUUUUUAGAAUUUCUCCAGAAAGCAACCCCCGUCAAGAUGACUUAGUUUUGAACUGAUUUCAUUUGUAUUAUUCUAUCAGAAUCGGAAUCAUCUUUAUUUGCCAAGUAUGUCCAAAAAUGUCUCCGGUAGUUGGAGCCGCUCUUUGGCCUAUGUACGGACGCUGUGGCUAUCCCCUCGUUAACCAGGAUGAUUGUCUCAAAUCAGUCUUUCAAAUAGUCAGUUGUUAGUUCUUAUGUAUUCAUGUUGUGAGUGUGAAAAUAUAAAUAAAAAUACAAAUAGAUGUCAUGAAUAGAUUAAAACAAUCACUUUGAACCGAUUUCUUUUCAUGUAUUUUUCUGGAAGUUCAAAUAAUUUGGGGAAAAGAGACCUUUUAGAUUGAUGAUGGUGAUCUUCCCAAACAUUCCUCAUAUUUCCACUUGAGCUCAUUGCUGGGAAUUCUCAUCCCACCAUGGACAUUUGCCAUGGGAAGAAGAAGAAAAAGAAAGGAGGAGGAGGAACGACUGUUUGUUUACGAGCUCGUUUUAGCUGCUCAGUCUCCCAAUUUGUUCUCAAAGGAGAGGCAGAGUCCAACUGAGCUGGAAUUAUCCAUUGCGUAUGUAAUCCAUUGUUUAAUUCAAUGAAAUGGAGAGAUUAUGAUUGUGUGAUAAUUGCAUAUAAAACAUUGUAGCCCCUCGUACUUCACAGUCCUCGCAUGCAAAAGUGUACAGACUUAUACAAAAGGUCUCUGUAAAAAAAUUUUUUUAUAUAUCAUGGGAAAGUUCUUGGGCAAAGGCUGCUAACUUGCUUGAAGUGUGUUGACUGUGCAUCACUUGAUGUCAUUGUUGCCCUGAAACCCCAAAACAAAACCUGCAUAAAAGUUUACAAAAAGUAAUCAUGCAAGAAUAAAGUCAUCCAUCCAUUUUCUGAGCCGCUUCUCCUCACGCCGGUCGCGGGCGUGCUGGAGCCUAUCCCAGCUCUCAUCGGGCAGGAGGUGGGGUACACCCGGAACCGGUUGCCAGCCAAUCGCAGGGCACGUAGAAACAAACAACCUUUUGCACUCACAUUCACACCUGCGGCCAAUUUAGAGUCUUCAAUUAACCUCGCAUGCAUGAUUUGGGGAUGUGGGAGGAAACCGGAGCGCCCGGAGAAAACCCACGCAGGCACGGGGAGAACAUGCAAACUCCUCACAGGCGGGGUCGGGAUUUGAACCCCGGUCCUCAGAACUGUGAGGCUGACGCUCUAACCAGUCGCCCACCGUGCCGCCAGAAUAAGGUCAGUUUUUCAUUAAAAAAAUUGACAUAAGAAUAAAGUUGCAAUUUUUUUGCCCUGGGCAUAUAAAAUGCAAUGUUACUGGAAAAGACUUUUUCAAAAAUCAAAGUAUUUUUGACAAGAAAAGCUUUUCCAUCAAAAUUUAGCAUUUUUUUUUUUAAAGAAACGUUUUAUACCCUCAACAAAGCCUUUUUUUUCUUUACGAAAAAUGCUUAUUUUUGUGAGGAAGAAGUCAAUUUCUUUCAAGAAAAAGGAUUUUCUUUUUUUAACAUAGUAAUAUUUUUUUUCAAGAAAAACAAGCCUUUUCAGCAAAAUAAUAAUGGUCGUGUUUCAAGAAUGUGUGAUAGCUGUUAAGCAAAUGGUAAUGGUGUAUACAUGGUAGUCCAUUGUACUUAACUGUCCUCGCAUACAGACUUUUGCAAAAGUUCUCUGUUAAAAAGAAAUGGAAAAAAUGCAGCACUCAUUCAAAUCUGUUGGGUUCCUUGGCAGAAUUCAUCACUGGACAUCCAUUGGCCGUGUAUGUCAUCUCAUCAGUUUUUGUUGUUGCGACUUAUUGUCCAGGAGUGGCUGCAUCGCAGUGCAAUAAAUUCCAACACGCCAAAAAAAAAAAAGAAGAGCGAGACACUUUUUGUUAAGUGUUUGUAGACACUCACUCGUGUGUGCCAUGUUUGUGUUGUGCUGGUUCGGAUGGGCUUUGUAAUCAACUGAUCAUUUAUCGCAUCUUAAAGGCAUUGACCGCAAAUACAAGUGGAGCACAAUCAUUGUCUGCGAUCAGCUGAGGCACAGUUGAUUUUCGUGGAAAAGUCCCAAAAAUGUUUUUCCCCAGAAAAAAAAUAAAUUUGACAUGAUCAUUCUUCCGUCCGUCCGUCCUUUUUUUUUUUCGGGUCGGUCAGAGCCAAACUUCAACUUCGACUAGCAAAACACAUCCCUAGUGAUCUGCAAACAUUCAUACUUUUAAUAAUCAGCAUGUCUGGUGAGUAGGAUGCAUUCAUUAACAUUUUUGUCAUAUUGUUAGAUAAAUAUUGAUUGUGAAGUGUGCUGGAUGGUGUAUGUUUGUGUGCUGUCAUAUUGUGUUUUGGUUCUAUUAUUGCGACAUGGUACCAAGUGCGCGGCCUUCUCGUUGACCUUUUGAAAUAGAUUCGUGUUUGUUUUGUGUCUGUUGGUGACCUACAUGCAGCCCGUCUUGUUCGUCUUUUAAAAAGGAAAAAAAGUCUUGACUCCUUGUAGCCUGAUUCUCCGCAUUCUCGCUUAAGUUUCGGCUCAGGUCUAAAGAGCGAAAUUCUCCUCCGAGGCCUCCCGAUGAAUGGCUCGAGUGUUGGUUCGGCCAUCGUGGGUUUCGUGCGAGGAGCUGAAUGGCUCGCGUUGUCAGAUGGCGAGGUCGUCUGCUCGCGUGCGGCCGCUCGCGCCGCUGGUUUUGCUGAGUCGCCGUUUGUCGGCGCAUAACAGCAGGCGCUCGGAGCCGCCGUUGCGGAUCUGCAGGCAGCCGGCGGCGUCCCGCCAGCCGGCCGAGUAGCAGGUCAUCUCCGGCGGGCCCUCGUCGCCGUGCGUGCCGGCCGCCAUCUUGUGCUGCUCGGCCGCCAUGUUGACCGAGUUCUGCUGGUGGGCCAAGCGGUGGUUGGGGAAGGGCAGCGCCAGAAAGUGCGACGAGCCGAUCACGCACUGGCUGAAGUCGGGAGGCGGUGUAGGCGGCGGCGGGGGCGGGGGUACUUGUUUGGACUGAGGCGAAUCCGUAGCGCCGGCGGCCUUCCUUGACGCCAAAAGGCGUCUACAAAGAGGAAGAUCGGACUUGGUAAGUGUGGAGCCAUUUUUGUGCCUUUUGAUUAUAAAAACAGCCGCAACAUGUACAUUUAAAUAACAUUACAUUAGACAUCAAUUAUUUUCUAUUCUAUUUUUGAGUGUAUAGUAACAGCAGUUGAAAUAUUAGAAUUGCACAUGACUUGGAAUGUACAAAGAAGAAAAGGGGCAGGGGGGAAUACAGUAUGUAUUGUUUUAAGAAAAAAGGUAAUCUUUUGAGAAUAGUCAUUCUUUUGAAAGGAAGUUGCAAUUUUCUUCUCAGAAAAUAACACGACUUUUCGGACAAAAAAGUUGUAUUGCAAAAAUGAAGUCAGAAAGUAUUACAAGAAAAAAUUCAAUGAAAACAAAAUCUCACAAGAACAAGGUCAUAUUUUAUCAUUUUUCUCCGCCCCAAGAAAAAGGUCCUAAUGUUACGACAAAAAGUUGUAUUUUUUUCAAUGACUGAAGUCCUAUUUGUUUGUGUGUGAAAAAGUAAAAUUAUGAGAAUAAAGUUGGAUUUUAUUGGAGAAAAUUUUAAUAUGAUGAGAACAUAGAAGACAUGUUUCUUGGGGAAUACUGUCGUCAUAUUUUUUUGUCAGAAAACAGUUUUUCCAGGAUGAAGUCCUGAUUUUUUUUUUUUGAGAGAGGAAAAAAAAUCCAGAAUAUUAUAAGAAAAAGUUAUAUUUUUUUCCAGAAAAAAAGUUUUUUUUUUCCGUAAAGCCUCAGAUUUUUAGGGGGGAGAACAUUGUUUUUCUUUUUAAUGUAUAUUUCCUCGAGAAAAAGUUGUAAUAUUCCUAGAAUAAAGUUGUAUUUAUUUGAAGAGUAUGCCAAGAAUAAAUUCAAAAUUUAAUGGGAGGAUUUUUUUUUCAUUUCCCGGCUACGACUAUGAAUUGCCACGCUGCUCGAUGAGCCCUCAGUGUGUGUGUGUGUGUGUGUGUGUGUGUGUGUGUGUGUGU